AUGAUUAAAUUUUAUAUUAAAAUUUUUUUUUUUCUUUUAAUCACCUCCCUAUAUGUGAAUAAUAAAACCUUUGCGGCUGAGCUUGUUCCAAAAAAUAAAAAAUCCAAAUCAAAAAAAUGCGAUAACUCAGAAGAAAUAUAUAAAAAAAACAAGCACCUAUUAUAUGCCGAUCCCAAAGAAACUGAAAGUGCGUACAAAGUUAUGGAAGAAGCUUUAAUGAAAUUAGAAGAGCAUGCUGCAAAUAAAGAUGGUUAUGGAUUCUAUAAUGGAUAUUAUACUGACGAUAUGUUUUUUGAUAGCGGAAGACAAAAAGAUCGUACAAGUAUUGAAAAAAAUCAAUAUAUAAUUUAUAAUCCGAAUAAGUAUAAUAACAUAAUAAACAAGUAUUGGGAUCCCGAGUAUGCCCAUAUCUUCAGUACUGACUUUGUUAAAAGAAAAAUUGCCCGUGUGUACACUCCAAAUUUAGUAAUAAUACAACAACGUUCCAGAAAAUGGCCAUGGUCUCGUGAAAAAUAUUUUUAUGCUUUAGCUGCAAAAUUUGAAAUAUCAGAAAAUAAAACUGCAAUUGUCAUGACUUCAGCAAAUAUAAUUGAUCACAACCGUCAAAAUAAAAAAUAUUUUGAAAACAAAAUAGUAGAAAGUGCAAAUUUAUUCCAAACUGAAAUUGAUUCUGAAGAUGAUAUUAGAAGUGGAAAAUUAAAAAAAAUGUUUGUUAACUUAAGUGGAUACAUUGUUGAAAGAAUAAACAAAUGUGUUUUUAUCACCUAUAUCGAAUAUAUAACCGGUUUAUGA